AUGAGCCCCAGCAGAAUGGAAUCUGGCGCUGGUGGUAACAGCGGUGGCGAUGAUGCAGCGGCGGCAGGCUCUCGGCCACCGAUGAGCCCUCGUGGUUCCGCCAGCGGGGCGGGCGGCGACGCGGGCCCGCCUCCCAAGACCCCGGCACACCCUCGCGGUGGUGGCGGCGCCAACCCCGACAGGCUCACCCCACCCGGCACCGCGGGGGUGACCCGCAAGGCGAAGAAGCUUGUGGUAAUGGCGGAGGCGGCGGCGGCGGCGGCGGAGACGGCGGCGGUGAAUAUGUCGGCGAGGGGCGAUGGCGGCGGCGGCGGCGGCGGCGACCAGCAGCCCGGCACUCAGGCCCUGUUGGCGCUCGCAAAUGCCGCCGCGGUCGGCGUGGCUCCCCCCACGCGCACCCCCAGAAGGGGAAGGAAGCUGAUGCGCUACCUGAGUCACGACGCGGGGCCGGCGGAUAGUAGCAGCCCUGCGGCUAGUAACGGCACGGCGAGGGUGAGGGGGUUCAUGAGGAUGAACACCAGCCAGGGCCCAAGCAUGCAGCCCCCGGGCAGUGUUCCACGCAUGGGCAGGAAGAAGAUGGCGUUACGGCGACUGAACUCCCUCUCCGCGGCGGCGUGGGGUGCGAGGGCAGAGAGCGUGUCCGACAGCGGCAGCCGCUCGCCGCCGCCGCCGCGGCCGCCCGGUGGCCGUAGCGUGCCGGCGCUUGGCGGUGCCGGCGGGGCACCGCCCGCCUCGCGAAACGCUCCGACCAACCGUGUUCCCGCCAAUACCACCACCGACCCAGCCUUCGCCGCCACCGCCACGAGCAGAGAGCGUUACCACCACCGCC